UGGAGCUUUGUUGGGACGAACCUGAAAGGUCUCAAGUCUGGGGGAACUGCUAGUUUUAAAGUGUUGACCCGCUCUUCCGUACUUCCGAGUCCCGAGAAACAACGCAAAAACCGCGCAUCUAGGGGUGAGAGUCGGUGGUUGGAUGUUCAUGGCCAUGACACAUUAAAUUACAGGUAUCCACACACACGGGUCUAACAAAUGAAGGAAAUAAUAGCAGCAGGGCCUGUAGUUACUGCACAAAUCCCUCAUCUGACGGACGCGGUGCUCGAAUUAUAAAUAUCCUACAAGUCACUGUGGACACCUUGAAAUCGGAAUAAUCAUACCUUUGAAAACCCUCAAGUCAUUCCCCCUUCUCUCCAAUUUUCAUUUCGAUAGAUCCUCUCUGCACAUGCUCGUACAUCAUGUCUCAUCGAUACAGCUUCAACGUUCAAAUGGGCUGCUCAGGUUGCUCCGAUGCCAUCCAGGAGGCUCUUGGCAAACUCAGCGGUUUGAAGUCGCUUGACAUCAGCCUCGAGAUGCAGACUGUUAUCAUCGUAGCCGAGCCUUCCCUUUCCUACGAAGCUGUCUUGACAGCCAUUCACAACAAAGGGAAAAACGUUCGGAGUGGUGAAGCGGAUGGUAUCCCUCAGGCGGUAUGAUUCAACAAUGGUUUGUUGUAUGAGGGAGAGCUGGCCUGACCCGCCAGAAGACCGGAAAGGCGGACGGCUCGCUGUUCACUAGGACAUUUAGUAGUCUGUCUAGCUUGGAUCUAAGUCGGCAUAGCUCAUGCUUUAUUAGAUCUCACUAGUGUAUAUCAAAAAAACAAGUGAAAGGCUUUCUAUGGAUAGACCUCAAUAUAUCUACUGUGUAAACUGAUGGGCAUUUGAUGAGGUAUAUAGCGCACCGAUAACAAUAAGGCGACGCUGGCAUCACCGCGGGCCUUUGCCAUCAUGGUUUGAGUUAAUCAUGAGGCAACUGACAACCAUGAUUUAAAACCAAAUAGCCGACAGUAUCGACACGCAACGACC